AUGCCACCCAAACGGACCUUGAUUUGCGAUACAUGUGGCCAGAAAUUCAAGAGUCGUGGACUUGCAGCUCACCAAAAGCCUGCAGGAGGGACACUAUACGGAUGCAGGAAGAUCGCGAGAGACAGAAUGCUUGAGCAGUCCUGGAUCAAUCACAAUGGCCAGGCGCGUCACAAGGCUCUCAUGCAGGUCCUGCUGCUUGUGAACCUACUUUUGACAACACGGAGUAUGUACAUCCUGAUGAACUUGAAGAUCGGUCUAUCAUACGAUCUUCCUCCUGCACUCCAGCAGGACAAUAUCAGGACGGAAUAUCAUCCAUGUAGUGGAAUCCCUAUGAAAACUGAUCACUUUGCCAAUUUUUGCUGCCACACUGCUGCUCCCUUGCUUGUAUGCGAAAAUACUACUCCCUGGGAACCAUUUACCUCUCGUAUCGACUUCGACUUCACUGAAUUAGUUCUGAAAGCCAACCUCACAAAACUGCAGACAAAUGAACCCAUCAGUCUCAUCCAUCGCAGUGCUCUCGAAAGAUUCUCAGUCAUUGAUUAUGAUGGCAUCUGUAAGCUGUGGGAUGCAGCAUCUUCUUGCCACGCAAAAUUCAAAAAGGAAGUGAUUUUGGUCCCUCAUAGGGACCAAGAGCAUGAUUUUGAUGUUUGGUAUAGGCCGCUCUGGGAUUGGGCCUGUGACUUGUUGAAAGACCCUCGCCUUGGUCCGCACUUCGUGUUCGAUGCUCAACGGUUGUACAAAUUUGAUGGACGAGACUUUGUACAUUUCUUUGACAAGCCAUGGACAGCUAACACCUUCUGGAAUAGUCAAUCAUCCUUACCAAAGGAUAAAGGAAAACCCUUCACUUUUAUUAUAUACGCUGACAAGGCAAAACUGUCCUCGUUUGGUCGUCAAAAGGCCUAUCCUGUCAUUGUGCGAUGUGCAAAUUUGCCUGUUGGAAUACGCAAUGGUGAAGGUUUCGGUGGUGGUCGCCUUGUCAAAGAAGAUAGACAGUAUUCUGGAACUCAGUCGUUCGUCAAUUUCAAGAAUGUCGUGUGGCACAAAUCAUUUAAGUGCCUUCUCAAAUCCCUCGCACCACUAUCGAAAACAGCUGACUACGAGGAACACUUUCUAAUGGCUAUUUCACAGAUGUGUCAUGUCAUUGAUAUGUGGAACAAAGUGCAAAUUCCCUUGUCCCAAGACAAAGAGAAGGUAUUGAUGUCUCAAGGCCUCUGGGACGUAGAUAACACAUUUUCGGAUGUUGCUCACACAGAUGUCCAUUCUGCAGUCUCAUUUGACCGCUUACAUUUUCAGGAAUGCAUUAAGUCAAUCAGUCGGCAGACACAGUCUCAAAUCGAUGUACACUUUGACUCAAUACCCCAUUGGUGCAACAUCAAUCAUUUUAAUCAUGUCAUGGACAUAUCAUUUUCUCAUGGCUCAAAAAAUGAAGAUAUUUCUAAACUUAUCGUAUUUGCCACACAUGACAUCAUUGACCAAGCCACUCACACACUCCCAUAUCUGCUCCUUCGAUGCAUCCGUGAAUAUGUCAACAUCGACAUGUAUGCCACUCUUGAAGUGCACACAUUGGAAACUAUUGCUGCGGGCCGUCAGGCCAUAAAGGAGUUCACACAACUAUUGGAU